AUGAGUGUGCCCUCGGAACGUGGAUGGUCUUGGCUGGUGGCUGGGCUGGGCUUGGCCUUGGCCGUUUCCCUGGUUCGAGGAGACGAUGGGUUUCUCACAGAGCCGCCAGAUUACAUCAAGGAGUGUAGGAUAGCCGAUAGGAACUUUGUCAACUGCUCGACCCAGAGCAUCCAGCAGCUCUUCGACAAGCUCAACGACGGCAUACCCGGCCUCACGAGCAUCAAGAGCUUCGAUCCGUUCCACCUGAACCGCAUCCGGAUCUCGCAGGGCAACAGCAACGCGAUCAAUCUCAAAGUGGAGCUGGCGAAUGUCAAGAUCGUGGGCUUCGGCCACACCCAUGUCCUGGAGAGCCAGGUCUUCAAGAAGGACUACAGCUGGAAGACAACCUUCACGCUGCCGGUGAUGAAGCUCAAGGGCGACUACAGCCUGUUCGGGCGCAUUCUGCUCAUCCCCUUGAAUGGGCGGGGCCAGGUGUUCCUCGACGCCGACAACAUGACGGUGACGAUGCACACCAAGACGCGACUGUACUCGAAGGGGGGCUUCACCUUCUACAACGUGACCAACUGCCGCGUGGACUUCAAGAUGGAUGGCCUCCGGUCGUACUUCUCCAAUCUGUUCAACGGCAACAAGCAGUUGGAGGACAGCACCAACAAGUUCUUCAACGACAACUGGCGCAUGCUGGCCGAUGCCCUCUACACGGUGAUCACCCAGACCAUCGAGGACAUUCUGCUGGACGUCCUCAAGAAGAUAUUCCACUACAUUCCAGCCAACUUCUUUGUGAGCGACAUUCCAACGCCCGAGCAGCUCUACGGCAAGGCCAAGCCGAAGCCCAAAUGA